CACACACACACACACUGGGGAAAGGGAGGGACGUCUCCUGAGUCAGGACAGUGACGUGUUGUGCGGUUCAAUUUUCACAUACCUCAAACACGCGACUGACAAGGUGAAGCUGAUCUGAGGACAGAAACGAAUUUACAGUGGAUUACUAAUCACAGACAUAAACAAAGGUGGAACCCAUCAACUCUGACAGCUUGUCUCAAUUCACUACGUUCUCCGCCAAUGUGCAGUUUCAACCAGGAUUAUCUCAAGUUAAUCUUCAACCAAAAGUCGUGAUGAGGCCACUGGACUUGUUUAACAAGGUUGUCAUGCCGAUCCUGGAGAUAUAUGUUUGGAGAAAAAUGCUGUAGGACUCAAAUCAUUUGGAAGCACAAUGUUUCUCCCUGGAUGGUCCAUUUGGUGUGGUUUACUGACUCUACGCAUGUCAGCCUGGGGUUUGGACAGCGAUGAAGUCAAUUGCUUGCAGGGUCUCUCUAAUUGCACCAUACAGAAUGAAAUGCCUCUUAUUGUAGCAGAGAAUAAUAAUGGUGUCAGUGUCCAAAACCUGACUCCACAUUUCAAGCUCUGCUGCAAGGACGGAGCGCUGUGUGCAUUAUGUCUGGAGAUAGACACAGAGAUCCACUUCAGUCCAGAUAAAGACAUGGAGGAUGAAGGCCACUCUGGGCAUGAUGAAGAGGAUUAUAGCGAUGAGACAGUGAGAAAUCCAAAAGCGUCUGUGAUACUGUGUUACACAGCCGCCUCCACCAUGCCCACGUGCAAGAAGGUGGAGUUUACGGUUAAUCAUGCAGCUCUUACUCAGAAAAACCGGGCAAAGUUUUCUGUGGUGAUCCAUAAGCCAGCUGGGGUUUCCUUCAGCAGUCAUGUGAUUGUUCAUUCUUCCAAUCCGUCACAACUAUGUCGAAAGGUUGUAUUUCCCUCUCUAGAUGAAGUGUGUGCCUCCGAGAAACAGCAGGGACGUGUGGAACAAUGCCGUGUGCCCAUACUCAGCACUGUAAUUAACCAAGAGAUGGAGUGGGUGGAGCUGUUUUCUGGAAGCAAUAACAACCUUACCUCUGUGUGCAUCCAGUACGAGCAUAAUGGAAGAUGUCAGACAUGGAACAGGAAGCCCAUCCCUCUGUAUGAUGUGACCCCCUGCAUGUGUCUCCAGGUAUGGAAUGAGGACGAGCAGAGGCGUUCUCUGAGCUGCCCCUUCACUAACACAGAUUUCCUCCAAAGGAACGUAUGGCAGAAUGUGUCAGUGUCUGUCAGCCAGGGUCAAAUGAGCAACUACCACACGAUGCUUCAGUGGAACCUGUCUGCCCCCUGCAGGCUGGAAGGAGAAGUGUGGCCCUGCCGCAAAGAAAACACCUGCAGGGAGAUGGAGGGCUUUAGACAACAGCUGGCAAACGGCACAUGGAGACAAAACCAUGAGGGACUGUGGGAGAAAACAGGGGUGUUUGAAGAAAUCAAACUUCAACUCUCAACAUGUGUGAUGGUGAAGGUAAAAGGAAUGGGAGAUGAGCUGGGUCCAUUUUGUUUUAAAAACACUAUCAGGUGGCGCUGGAGUCUCCUGGUUGUUGGCGUCAUGCUGCUGGUUUGCUUGACUGUGCUUCUAUUUUAUCUCCUUCAUGACUUCGUCAAGAAAGGGGCGUGGAGCUGGCAUCAUGGCGGAUUUGUAAAGAUUGACAGAAAGAGUCAUGUGGUGUUGCUGAGCCCCCCAGAUAUGGAUGAUCGUGUUUCGGAGUCGGUGUGUCGGCUCGGUUCCCAGCUCUGUAACCAUGGCUUCAGCGUGUCUGUGGACCAGUGGAGCAGGAAGGAGCAGUGCACUCUGGGGCCUCUGCCGUGGCUGCACUCACAGCUGCUGGAGCUGAAAAGCCGGGGCGGCCGAGUCGUGCUCGUCUUGACCCGCAAAGCCUUGGAGAGAGCUGAGGAAUGGACCCAUCGGAACAAAGAGGUCAUCAAGACGAAUGGGGACGACAAGGGCCUCCCUCAGAUAUGUUCCCCUUACUCUGAUGUCUUCUCGGCCUCCAUGUGCCUUGUCCAAGCGGACAAGCAGCUCGGCAGGUCCGGAGAACGUUUUCUUCUGGUGACACUCGACUCCCAUCCAAUUAGUGACAGGAGUCUACCAGAGCUUCUUCAAGGGCUGCCCUUGUUCCAGCUUCCCUCUCAAACUGGGGCUCUCUUGGCUGAGCUCACUGUGGGAAGGACUGGGAGGGGAUCAGGUGGAAGGACGUGGACAAGGUGGAGAUGGAGUGUCUCACAUGGAGGGAGAGCAAAGACUAAAGAGGGACCAGACCAGCAGAAGGCAUCCUACUGUAAAUGUGCUGGAGUUGAGGAAACUUUGUGACAAAGCAUUUGAAGCACCCAGAAAAGAAUUGCUGCUCUGUGCAUGAAGGACAAUUUCAUCCAAAUUGUGGAUGAAUAAAUAAUAAGACACUAUUAAUGGCUGGCUGAAAAUGAUCUAUAUCGCUGUUAUAGUCAAGAAAUGCAAUGAAAUUAUCAACUUUUUACCAAAAACGUUAAAUGAUUUCUAACUGCACUGCAGUUUUUACGUAUGUUGCUUCAAUACAUAUAAAGCAAAUUCUACAUAAACUAAAUUAAUAAAUAUGCUAAAUAAUAUAUGUCCAAAACAAGUAUGAAGAAGGAUAUACUUUUAUGGUCCUACUCCUCUGUAUAACUUCAAUAAUGUUCUUAAUGUUUAUCACACAAAUCAUCGCCUUUAUGUUUAUCAAAUACAGUAUAACUUAACAAUUCACCUUAGUGUAAAUCAAAUCUAACUUAAAUGAUUACAUCAAUGUUUAUCCUAUUAACACAUACUGUAAACUUCCCCCCUUAUGGUUUGAGUAAUUAUUAAAGAACACCUUUCCUUUUAGUUAUACCUGCAUCAGUGCAGACCAUACAGUGUGUGGAGCAGACCUGAGUGCUAUUUGAGAGUUUGUGUUUACCUAAAGAUACAUACUAUCUGUAUAUGAUACACUUAAUGCACACAGACUUUAUUUUGUUUUUUUGUAUGAUGGUUUAUUUUCAUUGAAACCCCCUUUAUGCACAUUUCCUUAUUAUUAAAAAGGUAUAUAUUUUUUAUAAUUGAAGAGGCAUUUUUUUCCAUUGCAUUUGAUUCUCCAAGUAAAUAUUUCUGGAUUAUGUGGUUGGGAACUGGUUCUCAGGCUUUGUCUCAAUCAGCUGAAAUCUGGGGAAUCGGUACAGCAACAAAACAUUAUCACCGUGCAGGUGCCUCUCCAGCAUGUCCCAACAAUCACAGAGAAAAACUAAACAGAUGCUGUCAGGGAAAAUGUUUAAGUGUUUAAAAUGAACAAAAUACCCUUAAAUAACAUCAGGCUUUACUACAAAGACUUGUACUACUUGUUUUAAG